AUGUCCAAAAAGGCAUCUCCGACUGGAUCUGGAUUACACCCCGCUAUAGAAUCAGGAAACAACCUCUUCUCAGCUGGCGCCAGUGGUAGCGCACCUGGAACUCAAGGGAAUCCUCUCACCAACGAUGCUGUGGUCACCGAAUUCAGUAAUUUGGCCAUCGUGAACAACGCAGUACGCGAAGCGAAUGGAUCAGGACAAUCGGUGACGAGCUCAAGAGGCAACGCAGCUAUGGUAACAGGAGUGCCUUUCCCCCCUUCUCAGGUAACUGCUGAUGGUGGUAAUAGCAUAAGGAUCCAACACAUGGGAGCCAAACGUAAGGUAAAGCCAAGUGCUACAAUCGCGAAUUAUCCGGUCCAAUCUGUAACCAUGGUCGCGCGCGAAAAUGCCAAUCUGCGCGUACGAAUAACUCGAUUUAGUCAUUGUGAGAUGUGCAACGAACGUGAUACCAGCAGCAUGGUGCAGUGCGAUGGCUGCGAUUUGUGGUAUCAUUUCUCUUGUGUGGAAGUGACUAGUGGGAUUGCAGAUCGUAGUUGGGUCUGCCCGGCGUGCGACAAGCCCGAUGUCGACCCGCGAAACAUCAACGAAACACCACUGCAUGAACCACCGAAGACCGCUCCGGUUGAUCCACCAGUAUUGCCGGUGAACACCAGGAAGUCUACCGGUAAGGCAAGCAGCAAUCGUAGUAAUCAACGAAAGGUCGCCUUGCGGCUACAAAUGUUGGAGGAGCAAAAGCAGCUGGAGCAGAAGUUCCUUGAAGAAAAGUACCGAAUUCUAGACGAGGAGUGCGUCGAUGACGAAACCGUGGUUAGCGAAGAUUAUGUGCGGUCAAUGGAUAUGUCGAAAGUUCAAGGAUGGCUGGAUGAUACCAGCAAAUGCGGCGAAGAGGACUCAGGAUUGGUCGAGGAAGAUGGCGCACCCGAAGUACAAGCGCUUCGGCAGUCAACGUAUGCUGAAUUCAACGGACCGCGUCCAACGUUACAAGGAUUCAAUCCUCAUCAGCGAUCAACACCUCGGCAACCGGUCAGAUUCCUUGAGUUGCCGAAGCCUCUAGCACCGGUACCCGCUUCCGAGAGUAUGUUCUACCAACCAUCCGUACAACUUCCGGAGAAUACAUUUCGCCAACCGUCAUCAAAUGUGGUCUUCAACGUCCACUGCCAUCGACCGGGAGCAGCAGUCCAGUUCUACCAAGCUCUCGACCACCAGUCUUCACAACAGCAUGCAGGUCAAAUUCCCGCAGGAUACCCGACACGACGGGGACCAACAACUGCUCCAGUAAAUGAGUUUCAGUCUACAGCUGAUGGGAAUCGAAUGCGUCAAAUCGAUCCAACAUUUCGCUUCUCUCGACACCCCGAAUGCGGUCCGCGUGACGUCGAAGAAAACGUAUGCGUACUCAACCGUAGUCAGUUGGCAGCACGCCAAGCCGUUUCGAAGGAGUUGCCAGAGUUUUAUGGAAAUCCGGAGGAUUGGCCGUUGUUUUUCUCCAUGUACAACUCUUCGACGCAAAUGUGUGGGUUUUCCAAUGAGGAAAAUAUGCUUCGACUCCGGAAAUGCCUGAAGGGAAAAGCGCUUGAAGCCGUACGGUGUCGAUUGCUGCAUCCGUCCAAUGUGAGCAGUGUAAUUUCCACCUUGAAAAUGUUAUACGGCAGGCCGGAAGCUGUCGUGCAAGCAGCCAUAAGGAAAAUCAGGUCAUUGCCAUCACCGCAAGUAGAGAAGCUCGACACUGUGGUAAACUUCGCAUUAACGGUCGAAAACUUGGUCGCCACAAUUGAGGCAUGCGGAAUUGAGGACUUUGUAUACAACGCGUCCUUGAAAAUGGAACUGGUGGAUCGUCUUCCUCCGGCAUUGAAGUUGGAUUGGGCGAAACACUCUCGACAUAACCCAGCACCCAACCUUUUGGACUUCAGUGGAUGGCUGUAUUCGAUUGCUGAGGAUGCCAGUGCAGUUAUGCAGACUUCGAUAAGCGGUGGAAGAGGCCGUGGAUCCAAGAGCGAUGGAUUUGUAAACCUUCAUUCUGAAACGGAGAUUGAACGCACGAGGACAUCACACGACAAGCAAAGAGAGCCUCCGACUUUUCAAGACUGUGUUUCAUGCAAAGGCAGCUGUACGUCAGUUGCCAAAUGUAAACGGUUUGCAGAGCUGAGCUUAGAUGCAAAGUGGGCCGUUGUUCGAGACGCAAAACUGUGCCGUAAAUGCUUGCGGAAGCACAAUGGAUCCUGCAGGCAACAGAAACCUUGCGGAGUUAAAGGAUGUACAUUUCUGCAUCAUCCGUUGUUGCAUAACAAGUUGCAGGAAACUGAAAAGGAUCGAUCUGAUCGAGUACUAGUAACUACUACCGGGAGCUGCAACGUUCAUCAAGUUCAAACCAACGAGGUUCUUUUCCGGAUUGUUCCUGUACUGCUAUAUGGACCUUCGAAGGUAGUCCAGACGUAUGCCUUUAUCGACGAUGGUUCAGAACUGACGCUAAUGGAGGACAGUUUGGCAGAGGAACUUGGAGUUGAAGGCCCUCGUACAUCGUUAUGUUUAAAGUGGACCGGAGGCACCAAGAGAAUGGAAACCGACUCGCAAAUAGUUGAGGUGGGGAUCUCAUCCACCGAAAAAAUGAAGAAACCACACAGGAUGACCAAUAUACACACUAUUCAGAGUCUACAGCUUCGCCCUCAGACGUUAAUCCUGUCCGAGCUACUGCAACGUUUCCAGCACCUGAAAGGAUUGCCAAUCGCAUCUUAUACGAACGUGUGCCCGCGUAUCCUGAUUGGCCUAGACAAUGCUUCUCUAGGACAUGCACUGAAAGGUCGAGAAGGGAAACCGUACGAACCAAUCGCUGUCAAGACCCGUUUAGGUUGGAUAGUUUAUGGUAGUUUUUCACGUGCACAGCAAGAUGUAAGCUACGUGAACGUGCACACAAUCGAGGUAUGCGAGUGUAACAGUAUGUCUGAUGACAAUCUCCAUGCUGCGGUGAAAGACUACUUCGCCCUGGACAGCCUCGGAAUAGCGAAACCUAGUAAGAUUCUACAAUCAACGGAAGACGAGCGAGCAAUAGACAUCCUGGAAACGCAGACGAAUCAAAAGGAGCGGCGGUACGAAUCCGGAUUGCUUUGGAAGUAUGAUGACGUCCGCUUCCCAAACAGUAAAGGAAUGGCCUACAGAAGAUGGCAGUGUUUGGAUCGACGUAUGCAACGUGACAAAACUUUUUCGGAUACAGUAAGAACGAAAAUGGCCGACUAUAUGAGUAAAGGAUACGUUCGAAGGUUGACGGAUGAUGAGAUAAACGCACGACAAUCCCGGGAGUGGUAUUUACCCAUAUUCCCGGUAAUAAAUCCCAACAAACCGGGAAAAGUGAGACUGGUGUGGGAUGCAGCUGCCGCCGCAUAUGGCGUUUCUUUAAAUUCACUUUUACUCAAGGGCCCGGAUCUUUUGACGUCACUUCUCACCGUUCUCUUGCAGUUUCGACAAUUCCGAAUUGCUGUUUGCGGAGAUAUUCGGGAGAUGUAUCUGCAGAUUCUGCUUAAACAGGACGUUCGUUUGUGCUUCUUCUGGAAGGACAGUGAUGAGGAUGAUAACCCUAGUGUCUACACUAUGUUGGUUUUGCCGUUUGGGGUGUCCUGCGCUCCAAGUAUUGCGCAAUACGUCAAAAAUACAAACGCCAAACGAUUCGCCGAAGAGCAUCCUACGGCUGUCCAUGCUAUAGUCGACCAACAUUACGUGGAUGAUAUGCUCGUAAGUGUGGAAGGCGAGCAAGAAGCGAUCGACCUAGCGAAAAACGUAAGGAGCAUCCAUGCCGAAGCGGGCUUCGAAAUGAGAAACUGGAUCUCUAACUGCCCGCGAGUUUUAGAAGCUCUAGAAGAACAACAAACAGAGGAGAAAGACCUCAACAUAACCGAGGGCCUGACGACUGAAAAAGUCCUUGGCAUGUGGUGGAAUACGUCUAUCGACUGCUUCGUAUUUAAAAUCUCACCACGAUACGAUCCAGAAUUGAUGUCUGGACAGCGACGGCCUACGAAACGCGAAGUAUUGCGAACGCUUAUGAUGAUUUUCGAUCCCUUAGGGCUAAUUGGUCAUUUUCUGAUGUUCCUGAAAACGGUAUUGCAGGAGAUCUGGCGCACCUCUGUUGGUUGGGAUGAAGUCAUCGAAGAAAAACAGUUUGAAAUGUGGAUGCAGUGGCUCAAUGUUCUCCCAGACGUUGCCAAAGUAGAAAUACCACGAUGCUACAGGACCUCCACAUCGAUAGAAAGCUUGAACGAAGUACAAUUGCAUGUUUUUGUCGACGCUAGUGAGAAAGGGUUUGCUGCGGUAGCGUAUCUUCGAUUCCAGGAAGGACAUACAAUCGAAACAGCAUUGGUUGGCUCAAAGACUCGUGUUGCGCCGAUAAAAUUCUUAUCAAUCCCUCGUUCGGAACUCCAAGCUUGCGUCAUCGGAGUGAGAUUUGCAAACAGCAUAAUACAAUCACUCACUGUGAAGGUCAACCGACGUUACUUUUGGACUGAUUCUAGCGACGUUAUCAGCUGGAUUCAAUCUGAUCAUCGUCGGUAUAGUCAAUUUGUCGCUUUCCGUAUAAGUGAAAUUUUGGAAGCUUCUGAUGUCGGAGAAUGGCAAUGGAUUCAGACAAAACAAAACGUCGCCGAUGAAGGAACCAAGUGGGCACGAGUUCCAGAUAUGAGCAAGACAAGCCGUUGGCUAAAUGGACCUGACUUCUUGCGGAAAGUUGAAGCAGAGUGGCCAGUAAAGCGACAAACCGCCGGAGCAACUCUAGAGGAGUUACGACCUCAUCUACUUGUACAUACAGUAAUGCCUGAACCUGUCAUCAAUACCGAAAAAUUCUCUAAAUGGACCGAACUUCUACGCAGCAUGGCCUACGUCUUCCGUUUUACUCGGAAUGCAAGGAUUUCUAAGCAGGACAGAAGCUUUGGGCCGUUAACAACUGAAGAGUUGAGUUUAAGUGAAAACUACUUCUAUCGACUUGCCCAACGAAGCGCUUACGCGGACGAAGUGGCAGUUCUACUAGACAGAAGGACGACGAAAACCUCUAAGUUGAUUUCCAAAAGCAGCUCAAUCUACCAUCUUUGCCCGUUCCUCGGUAAGGAUGACUUGCUUCGCGUGCGGGGCAGGACUGCAGCAUGCCCGUUCAUCACCCAGGAGGCUAUCAACCCCAUCAUCCUUCCGAAAGCUCACCAUGUUACUGCUUUGGUUGUCUCCCACUAUCAUAACAAAUACCAUCAUCAAAACCAUAACGUCACUAUCAACGAAUUGCGGCAAAAAUACAGCAUUCCUCAAUUGAAAGCAAUGUACAAUAAGAUCCGUCGAGACUGCCAGCGGUGCAAAAACGACUGUGCACAACCACAACCACCAGCCAUGGGGGACUUGCCCCUGUCCCGUCUAGCUGCCUACGCUCGCCCUUUUACGUAUAUGGGUGUUGACUACUUCGGUCCCUAUGUAAUCAACCUCGGACGACGUCUUGAAAAGCGGUGGGUUCUGUUGGCCACUUGCCUUACUACACGCGCUAUUCACCUCCAAAUAGUUCACACCAUGACAACGGAUUCGUGCAUAAUGGCCCUUAGAAACGUUAUGGCCAGAAGAGGGGUACCUUGUGUUAUAUACAGUGACCAUGGAACUAACUUUCAAGGGGCUAGCAAGGAAUUGGAAGAAGCUAUGGAGAACUUGGAUAAAGAGCGAUUUCAGGCGGAGUUCACAACUUCCCAUACGUCUUGGAGAUUCAUACCACCGGCUUCCCCACACAUGGGUGGCGCGUGGGAACGACUCGUGCGGAUCGUUAAACAAAACCUCGUCAAGCUGAAACCUUCAAGAACGAUGUCCCAUGAAGUUCUGGAAAAUCUAUUGACGGAAAUUGAAAACGUGGUCAAUUCACGCCCAAUGACCCAUUUACCUCUGGAUGACGACCAAUCCCCGGUAUUAACUCCCAACCAUUUUUUGCUGGGAUCUAGUAAUGGCCUACGUUCUUGGGUUCCUUUCACCGACAGCACGGAAGUGCUUAAAAACUUCUGGAAACUGUCGCAAGCUUUAGCUAAUCAGUUUUGGAAACAGUGGCUACGCGACUAUCUGCCGUAUAUUACCCGCAGAACUAAAUGGUUCACUAACGUGGACCCUAUCGGGAUCAAUGAUCUCGUUAUCAUCGUAGAUCCUAACCUUCCGCGGAAUACCUGGCCAAAAGGCCGCGUAAUUGGAGUAAAACAAGGACCAGACCAUCAGGUGAGAAGUGCUACAGUACAGACUUCCCGUGGUAUUUACGAACGACCCGCAGUGAAACUCGCCGUGCUGGACGUAGGCGUUCGAAGCAAUGCAGCUCAGGAUGAUCGCAUUCCGAGGGGGAGUGUGGGUUGCGCUACGUGA